AUGUCCAAUCCAACGUCCAAUCCAACGUCAAAUCGUGAUUCUUGGACAUUUUGGCAGUUGGACCUUGUCGAUCUCGUAUGCCCAAUGUCCAAUCCAAACCAUUGGACCAUUAGACAUGACAACACUGCAUCUGACGUCUACUCCUUUGGCAUUGUUGCAUAUGAAAUGAUCUCGGGUUAUCCUGCAUUUCAUAAUAUUCCGCAUGAUAUCCAUUUGGCGAUUAAGAUUCAUAGAGGAUUACGUCCAAGAAUACCAUCACACGCACCAGAAUUAGUUUUCGAAUUGAUUACUAAAUGUUGGGAUGAGUUACCAAGUAAAAGGCCGACUUCCAGAGAAAUAUAUGAAAUUAUUAGCAGGUGGAACGAUGAAAUUUCAAAUGAUAAAACAACAGAACUUGUUACGCAAAUAAAAAAGGCUGAUGAAGUGUGUGAAAAUUUUUUGGUAUCUAAUGCAUCAGAAAUACAUCCAGAAGCAAUUUAUACUAGUAGAAAAUUCGACAUACUGAAUGUUUCGAAUGAUGAUGAACAAUCUAACUAUCAAGAGAGCAGCGAAAGUUUAAUAGUUAUAGAUCAUACUUCACAAGAUAAUGUAAUUGAAAUUGAAAAAAAUGAGAGUGAA